CGCCGUACAGGAGGACGUCCAGGAAGUAGCGGACACGUUAGCAUUAGCAUUAGCAUCUGAACAGUUUGUCAUCAAAGGCAGACACACAACAGAGUGAGAUCAAAGGACAGACACACACACACUCUCCGCUCUCUGGACUCGAACCUCCUUCAGAACCGGAACCGGAAGCAUGGCCAAACAAGCUGCUGCUCUCCAGACCUACAACAACGAGCUGGUCAAAUGUCUGGAGGACAUGUACCACAGUCGUGACGAAGACAACCGACAGACCAAGGACGAGGAAGGAGAGAAGGACCGACUGCAGCACGACGUCCGCGUCCUCACGGAGAAGCUGAGCCGGGUCAACGAGAGCCUGGCGCAGAGAUACGCCAACCGAGCCAUCCUGGACAGCACCAUCGCCGAGUCCGAGGCCGCGUACGACAAGAUCGUGGAGAGCUCCCAGGCUCUGCUCAGCAUCCUGAAGCAGGAGGCAGGAAACACCAGUAAAAACGCAGAGGCUCGGAGGAAGGAGCAGUGAAGUCAACCAGACCUCGUUCACUCUGACCACUCAGCACUUUUUAUGCAGUUUAUUCUCCACGCUGGACUAAUAAUGUUUGAAUUAUAUGUUAAUUCUUUAUUCCAAUAAAUGUUUUUCUUACUA